CCAGUCUCCAUAGUUGACGUGACCGAGUUCAAAAUUCUUCAGGAUGUGCAGAGCCAACCAAAACCAGUGAUUCUCUCUCUAGAAUUCUUACCGAUUUCGCUGUAAUAACCUUCCAAGCGUUCCUUAAUCCGUAAGCAUCCGUUUCCACCUCCGUUUUCACUGUCCAGAUCUUACAUUCUCUACUCCUCAAGAGUAGCCCACUGUGCUGAAAUGGCCGGCCGUUUUGACGGCAACCCGUUUGAGGAAGAUGUUAACCCUUUUGCUGAUCAAGGAGCUAGGGGAAAAUCAACAGGAACGACCACUUUUAGUGGAGGUGCAUUUUACACAACUAACCCUGGAAGUGUUCCUUCAGCUCUUUCACCACUUCCUCCUGAACCGGCUGAUUUCUAUAAUAGUGAUGCCUCUGUCGAUAUCCCAUUGGACAACACAACGGAUUUAAAAAAGAAGGAGAAGGAGCUACAAUCUAAAGAGGCUGAACUCAAGAAGAGGGAGCAUGAUAUAAAGCGGAGAGAAGAUGCUGCAGCUCGAGCUGGUAUUGUUAUUGAGGAGAAGAACUGGCCACCUUUUUUCCCAAUAAUCCAUCAUGAUAUAGCCAAUGAAAUUCCACUUCAUCUUCAAAGGCUUCAGUAUAUUGCGUUUACAACCUUGUUGGGUGCUCUUUGCCUGCCUUUUGUGGAAUGUAAUAGCUGUCACUACUGCAUGGAUUAAAGAGGGAGAUGUAAAAAUCUGGUUCCUGUCUAUCAUUUAUUUCAUUUCAGGGGUUCCAGGAGCCUAUGUGCUGUGGUACCGUCCACUCUAUCGUGCUUGUAGGACCGAAAGUGCAAUGAAGUUUGGAUGGUUUUUCAUGUUUUACUCGCUUCAUAUUGGUUUCUGCAUCUUUGCCGCUGUUGCUCCUCCAAUAGUUUUUAGAGGCAAAUCUCUAACAGGUAUCCUGCCUGCUGUAGAUCUCAUAAGCAAGCAAGUAUUGGUUGGGAUUUUCUACUUCAUCGGUUUUGGCUUAUUUUGUCUGGAAUCAAUGAUCAGUGUCUGGGUUAUUCAGCAAGUGUACAUGUACUUCCGAGGUAGCGGUAAACCUGCAGAGAUGAGAAAUCAGGCCGCUAGAGAUGUCUUGAGGACGGCUUUUUAAUUAUCUAUUCUUUGGGCAUUUUGUUGUAUCGAAUGAAAGUGGGGUUAACUAGUGGUGUGGGAUGACUGGGGAGGGGGAAACCAGGUACUACACUAGUUAGGCCAAUAUAUAUGCUCGUUUUAUAUGUUAGUAUUCGUUCAUCAUAUUUGUUGUUAACCUUUAGACCGAAGUGCCAUUAGAACAAGACAAAUAGAGCUAUCAAUUCUGCAUUUUUGUUGUUGAUACAAAGGGGUUGUGUAAAUCAUUCUUAGACUUCAUUAUAUGUUGUACAAACAUCUUAUUAUCGACUUUUCUUCUAGU